AUGCAAAUCUUUAAUAUCUUGUUGCUAAUACUUUUAGUUUUACCAUGUUUGGUGUAUACAACCGAACAAACUAACGCUGGCGCUAGUACAGAUCCCACACCACUCCAGACGAACCCAGAGUCUACAACUGAAUCAGCUGUAACUCCUGGUAAUGGUGGAAAUAGUCCUGGUAAUGGUGCAAAUAGUCCUGGUAAUGGUGCAAAUACUGGAGGCGGUUCAAAUAGUGGAAGCGGUUCAAAUAGUGGAAGUGGUGCAAGUAAUCCAAGUGAGACUCCUAGCGGGAGUCCGGCUCAAGGAUCCGGUGGUAAUAAUGGCGGUAAUCAAGCGCAAAGAAUUAGACAACAACAGCAGCGUAGAAGGAGACAACGACAGCUGCGGAGACAGCGUCAACAGCGACAGAGGAGAAGAAGACAACAACAACAAAGACGUAGAAAUCGUCAGCAAAGGCGUCGCAGAAAUGGCCGCAGAGGUGGACGUAGAGGUGGUCGCAGAGGAAACAAUAAUAAUCGCUUCGGUUAA